UAUCUGCGCGUGCCCAUGCCGUGCCCGCCCUCCUCAGCACUGGCACAGGCACAGGCACCGGCACCGGCACCGCGCCCCGCCGCGUCGUCUCCUGUCCCGCGCGCGCACGCACGCACGCCGGCCAGGCCGAGGCCCUCAACACUCAUGGAGGUCUCCCCGCCCCCGAUGCAGCAGCUCCUCAGCGACAGCUUCUCCCGCGGGUGGCUGACGAAGCGCGGCGCGCGGGCGCCGUCGCUCGAGCGCCUCGUCGCCGACGCCAUCGACCUCGGCCAUUCCUUCGGCAGCUCCAGGUCGUUCAUCGACAUGGACCCCGCCGAGCUCUUCUCCAUGCGGUGGACGGGGACGGCCACGGCCACGGCGCCGCCGGAGAGCGACUUCGACUUCGGCCUUAUUCCCGGCGGCGGGGCCGGUGGCAGUGACCCUCCGUCCCCGGUGCUGUUCAGCGCGAGCCGGGUCAUCCGCGACGGCCGCCUCAUCCCCAGCGACCCCGGCCUCCUCCAGGAACGCGGCGCCGACCCGCCCAGCGCGCCGCUGUUCCGCUCGGCCCACAGCACGCCGGCGUCUCCGUCCCCGUCCCCGAGCUCGUGCUCCAGCGGGCGGACCGCCGGGCGGCGCGGCGCGUCGUCGUGGAAGAUACUGCUGCAGUACCUCCGGUUCCUGGUGCCGCUAUACCGGAAGGUGAGGGCCCUGCGUCGGUUCCCGGCGCCUCGGCGGCGGCCCCGCGUGGCGCCGGCCAGCCCGGCGCGCGCGUCCACGUCCAGCCUCGAGUGGUGCCACGGCAAUGCCGACACCGCCGUCCGCGACGCCAUCCUCUACUGCAAGAAGUCCAGCGGACAGGACGCAUACACGACCUUGACGUGAAUUCCUCCGAGACGACAUGUCGCUCUGUGCCGUCUCGUCUCAGGCUCAGCUGCUCGAUCAUCGAGUUCCUUGCAUGUCUGUGUACCUCCGGAACGCGGGAACGGCCGACGUGAUGCUCUUGCUCCAUCUCUAUACCAAGAUUAAUUACACUCUGUGUGUAUUUAACUGCUGUGUGAAUGACUCGUGUACAGUUUAAAUCUAAACUUUAAACAUUAAUCAAAAGACGGUGUCGUCUGUCGUCCAUGGAGAUGGAAUUGCUUGGGCAAUUGGGCUUUUCCGCCUCGUACGGGUGGGGCCAACUCGUCCAUUUGAGAAUUGGGGAAAGGAAUAGUAACAGAUUACGGCAGCGACUGAAAGCAUCUCGUUUGCUGCCUUAAACUAUGCAUUUGUUUGUUUUCGCAUCCUGUUCCUUUGUGUGUCCGUGGAAGCAUAUAUUAUUUUUCCA